UAUUUUAAGAUGCCAACUCAACUUCAAUUGUAAUACGGACAUCUGCAUUGGAGAUGAUUUUUUACUUUCACCUCAAUUUCAUUCACGUGGCAAUGCAUUAUUUAGAUUUUAGAGUCGAAAGCACGGUUAAAGAUGCUCUUAGAACUCCAUUUAUCUACGGAUCAUUGCUUGCGAAUUCCUUUUUAAUAAUCUUCUACAGAUUAUCUAAGAUAUUUUAGCUAUGGAGAAGUCUGGAUAUGGUCGUGACGGAAUCUACCGAUCCCUCCGGCCGCCGCUUAUCUUCCCCAGGGACCCCAACCUGUCUAUGGUCUCUUUCCUGUUCCGGAACAUCUCUAAGUACCCUGACAAACCGGCCAUCCACGACGCCGAUUCCGGUCAGACGUUGACUUUCCAGCAGAUGAAAUCCGAGGUCUCCAAAAUUGCUCAUGGCAUGACGCACCAACUGGGUAUCAAGAAAGACGACGUCGUCCUUAUCUUGUCCCCCAACUCUAUCCAGUUCCCUCUUUGCUUCUUCGGCAUCAUAGCAGCCGGCGCCGUUGCUUCGACGGUGAAUCCUGCGUAUACAGUUCCAGAGCUUUCCAAACAAAUCAAAGAUUGUACCCCGAAGCUCAUCGUUACCGUUCCCCAAUUGCUCGACAAAGUCAAAGGGUUCAAUUUGCCCGUUUUGCUUCUGGGUCUUGAAAACAGUAACCAUUCAGGCAUCAAUUCCUACCCGAGCCUUACAUUUUACACCGACCUGGUUAAAAAUGCUGGUUCAUUGGAUUUCGAUCUUGUUCGUAUAAAGCAUAGCGACACAGCUGCGCUGCUGUACUCUUCUGGGACGACGGGGGUCAGUAAAGGCGUUGUCCUUACGCAUAGGAACUUCAUCGUAUUGUCUCAGAUGAUAACGGCCGAUCAAGACGCGGCCGGAGAAAUGCACAAUGUGUUCUUGUGCGUACUGCCGAUGUUUCAUGUGUUCGGGCUUGCAAUUAUCUUGUACUCACAGUUGGUGAGGGGGAAUGCUGUGGUCUCCAUGGAAAGAUUUGACCUGGAGAUGAUAUUGAGAAGUGUGGAGAAGUACAGAGUGACGAAUUUGUGGGUCGUGCCUCCCAUCAUACUGGCCUUUGCAAAGAGCAGUGCGGUCAAAAAGUAUACCUUGACAUCAUUGAAGCAGAUUGGGUCAGGGGCAGCACCCCUUGGGAAAGAUUUGAUGGAGGAAUGUUCCAGGAAUUUCCCCCAGGCUGCUUUAAUUCAGGGGUAUGGGAUGACAGAAUCUUGUGGACUUAUCUCAUACGAGAAUUCAAGUAUUGGUAAAAGAAACUCAGGGUCAGCCGGAAUACUUUCUCCCGGAGUGGAGGCUGUAAUAGUUAGUGUUAGCAAUUCCCAGCGUCUCCCUCCUGGUCAGUUGGGAGAAAUUUGGGCAUGGGGUCCUAACAUGAUGAAAGGUUAUUACAAGAAUCCAGAGGCUACCAAGCUUACAAUAGAUAAACAGGGCUGGCUCCAUACAGGAGAUCUUGGAUACUUUGAUGAAGAAGGACAGCUAUAUGUUGUUGACCGUAUCAAGGAGCUCAUUAAGUAUAAAGGUUUUCAGGUCGCGCCCGCAGAGCUUGAAGGUUUGCUUGUUUCUCACCCCGAAAUCCUGGAUGCUGUCGUCAUCCCCUAUCCAGAUACCGAAGCUGGUGAGGUCCCAGGUGCGUUUGUUGUGCGUUCUCCAAGUAGCUCUCUGAGUGAAGAAGAUGUCAAAAAGUUUAUUGCAGAUCAGGUUGCACCAUUUAAGAGACUGGUCAAGGUAACAUUUAUAAAUAGUGUCCCAAAAUCUGCCUCUGGGAAAAUUCUCAGACGGGAACUCAUUGAAAAAGUUCGAGCGAAAUUAUGACCUCACACAGGGACGAAGCCAGGAUGUCUUCGUAGGGGGGAUAUCAAUGUAUUGUGCAAUAUAGAAACAUUCGUACCCUAAUUAUUAGAAUUCUUUGAGACUUUGUAAGACUAUUCAAAAUUACUCUUUUACAACAUGUUUGGAUCAUGCUUAGGAAAGGAAAACUAAUACUAUGAAAUAAUACUUUUUGUGUUUGGUUUUGCAUCACACUUAAAAGAAAAUAAAGUAUGAUUAAUAUUAUUAAUUUUAUUUGCAUA